CACUUCUAGAUAACACUACUUAUUGCGAAACUAAGUAAUUUCAUCAGCAUGGGCUUAGAUUAUAGUUAUCUAAUUAGGUGAUCGAUAUUAUAUUACCUAUGUCCCUGUAUCUCUAUUUAACUGAGCCGCAUUCAUGCAUCCUUCAGUUAGAAGUCUGAAGAGUUUGGCACUGUGCCUACCUAUUUACAUACACAUAGGUAUUAUCUUUCAUUAUAAGUUUAACUAGGCAACGCAAUGAUACUAAGUGCUUCUAUAAUAGUAUUAGUUGUAGCAAUUUUUGUGAAUGCUGCUCCUGUUGCAGAAAUUGAGGGGCCAUUCACCGAUGAUUAUGAGGUUUCUAGUGUAGACGCAGAGCUAGGAGAACACUUUGAAGGCGACAUUCUACUUACUUCAGCUCAAAAGGAAGCUAUUGAGUCUCAGAACGCUAGUAUUGAACGCAAUGGAAUCAAAGACACAACAAAGAGAUGGCCUAACAGGACUGUCGUGUAUCAUAUUGUGGAAGAUGACUUUAACGCGACGCAAGUGAAGAUGAUUGAAGAAGGAAUGGCCGAUAUUGCCAAUAAGUCCUGCAUCAAAUUUCGACCCCGAAAAGAAGAUGAACACGCUGUUAUCAUUCAGGGUUCGGAAAACGGUUGCUUUUCGAACGUCGGUCUUAUUACCAAAGAAGAUAAAGAAGACCAGGAAGAAGGCGAGGAAGAAGUUCGCCAGGUGCUGAACCUCGCCAAGGGCUGCUUCAGACAUGGCACCGUUGUGCAUGAAAUGCUGCACACCCUCGGAUUCUUCCAUAUGCAAAGCACCUACGAUAGAGAUGACUUUGUCAAGAUUGUUUGGGAGAAUAUACUGUCAGGUGUAGAAUAUAAUUUUAAGAAAUAUACAGUCGACACAGUUACGGACUUCGGUAUUCCAUAUGAUUAUGGAAGCGUCAUGCACUAUUCAUCUGUGGCUUUUACCAAAAACGGCAACAAAACCAUAAUCCCUCUUCAGGAGAAUGUGGAAGUGGGGCAGAGAAAGGGAUUAUCUGAAAAAGACAUUCUUAAACUCAACAAAAUGUAUUGUUAUGAAGUCGGAGCGGAAUCAAUAAGUUAAAUUAAACAUAAUUUUAUUCAUAUAAAGUGACAGACAUAAAUAUGCCUAUAUAAGUAUUAUGAGAAGAAAUUAUGGACGCGAUGUAAUAUAAUAUGCCACAACGAAUAAAAAGUUUGAUAACGCAAUCUCGUAACUUACAUAAAAUACCUAAUUACUUAUCUAUGUUUUCAUUUGCAAUAAAACGUUUGUUACAACUUACAUUAUUUUAU